CAACCACAGUAUGGUCGCAGCCAGAAGUCAGUGCGGAUAGUGGUCGGAGGCUGCGGCGCCGGCUGUACCCUUGACCGUAGCGAUCACGCUCAGUCGCCGCGCGACUCUGCCUACAGCAUCGCGUUAUGCCGUCAACGGGUUAGAGAAACAAAGCGGCGAAAUAUAAACAAGACCAACCCCACUUUCAGCACAGUUCAAAGCCAUGCGCUGUAGCUGGGGUUGCAUUAGCCGCGCCGAGACGCGAAUCCACCCUGAUUUUCGCUGUUUUAGUGCACGUUAACUUGAUCGGUGAAAACUUGGUGAAUUUGUGAGUGAUGUAUUAGUGGACGAUUGUGAUAAAAACAUCAAAAUGAAGCCAAGGAACGACGAUUUGGACGUGCAGCCGGAGCUCCAGGAGCUACUCCAGAAGCCUAGUAAUCUGGCUUUAUUACCUGAUAGAAUAAAGCCGACAAUAAUCCCCAGCCAAGUUUCGAACCGAGACAAGUCGAAAGUACCGCCGUUGGAUGUGGAGGAGAGUGAGGACGUGGUCUCCUCAGUAAUCGGCCACUAUGGGUCCUGGCAAUUGCUUAUCACCUUCUUGCUGGCCAUGUUCUCCUUCCCCUGCACCUUCCACAUUUAUCUGCCUACGUUUACGGCAAAAACAACAAACUUCUGGUGUCGAAGACCAGAAAAUUUAUCAAGUCUACCUCUCGAGAGCUGGAUCAACUAUAGUCAACCUGUGGACGCCUGCAGCGUUCGAAUUCUUCUGCCCAACGUCACCGCUGACAGCAUUUUAAAUGGAACAGCACCAUUCACAGACUUGGUGAGGUGUGACGCCUGGGACUAUGAUCGGUCAGAAGUGGGAGAUACCAUUAUAUCAGAAUGGAGCCUCGUUUGCGAUAGAGCCCAUCUCACGAGCUUGGCUGAAGUGGUGUUUUUAGUUGGUGUUGGCAUAGGGGGCGUCGUGGGUGGAUGGAUUUCAGACAAAUUUGGUCGCAAACGCAUUUUGAUGGGCAUGGCAAUAGCUCAGAGCGCACUGGCCAUCCUGGCUUUGCUCGUGCGUUCCUUCAUUCAAUACGUCAUAGUGAGACUGAUCAUGGGCCUGGUUUCCGUAUCUGUGGUAUAUGCAGCAUUUGUGUUGUCUGUGGAGCUGGUGGGAGGCAAGUGGGUCACUAUCGCUGGAGUGUGCAACUUCUUCCCUCUGCCUCUAGCGUAUAUCAUCGUAUCUCUUCUGUCAUUAGUUCUCCCCAACUGGCGGGACUUGACACUGGCUUUGUCUAUUCCUGGAUGUUUGCUUCUUGGUUUGUGGUUUGUGUUGCCCGAAUCUCCAAGAUGGUUGCUCAGUAUGGGAAGAACACAAGAGGCAAAAGCCAUUUUAGUGAAAGCUGCGAAAUUUAACAAGCGAGAUGUACCAGUUGAUUUGGACAAAAUGCUUAUGGCUCAAAAGCCUGAACCGGGCAACUCGGAUAUAAGUGUGUUGUUCCUUUUUAAAGGAAACCUCAGAAAAAGGACCGUCUGCCUCUUCAUCGCCUGGUUUGCGAUGACGAUCGCUUAUUAUGGACUCUUGCUUAAUAUUGGGAACUUCAAUCUCGGAAACUUGCACGUCACGUCUAUAAUUCUGGCUGUAGUAGAAAUUCCAGCAAUAGCUAUUAGCAUCCCAAUACUCUUGAAAGCUGGAAGACGCAUUCCAACCUUUAUCUCGAUGGUUGUUUGUGGAUUGGCUUGCGUUGCCAGCGAACUCUUCACGAUGUCUUUGAAAGAAGAUUGGGUUGUGAUAGUUUGUCUGACGAUUGGAAAGUUUGCUAUUGGUUCGACAAAUAUGAUGCUGCCAAUAUUCACUGCUGAACUUUACCCGACUGUCAUAAGGAAUCUCGGAGUUGGUGCAAGCCAAAUAGCAGCGGGUCUCGCACUCAUUGGAAUACCGUACUUAUGGAGGCUGACGGCAUUCAGUGUCCACCUGCCAAUGAUGACGAUAGCCGUGUUGAGCGCGGUGGGCGGCGGUAUCGUGCUGCUGCUGCCUGACACAGCCAACAACAAGCCCGCACCAGCCGGCUCAGGGAGCACGCCUACAUUCGACAACACUUUACCGUGCAACGGAACGUUCACAGUCUCCGACGACAGAGGGCAUUAGUAGUGCAAUAGUGACAGUCCAAAUAUACUGAAAAAGUCAGUGGUGUAAAUAAUGAAUGAAUGAAAAGUGAGAAAUUAAUACGAAUUUAAUAAUUUAGAUACAUUCUGAAUGUAUGUUAAUGUUACCACUUAUCUUUUAGACUGUAUUAUUAGUUAGCUUUUGAAAUAAUGCAAAGAUUUUCCGAACUUUCACACAAAAUAGAUGUUAGUGUGCCUUUGUGUUGGUAUGUUUGUUACCUACCUAAAAAUGUACCAUGAACAAUGUAAAGUAAGAAAUAAUUAUUUCAUGUUACUAGAUAAUUAAGUAAUAGAUAUGCUUAAGACUCGUUUUAACUAUUUAAUCAGUAAAGUGAAAAUGAAUGAGAAAAUGGUCAUCAGAAAUUAAUAUGUUGCCUAAAUUUGCCAAAGUGGCAUCUUUUAUAAAACAUGGUCACCGACUAAACUUGGAUAAAUUAGUCAUUUAUUUAAACACUUUUUUGCACCGAAUUAAAAAAAUACAAGAUAAAGGUAUUUUUGCCAGUCAACCAUGACAGUAUCUAUAAAACACAUUUUGAAAAAUUGUAUUAUCUAUAUAAUAUAUUAGAAAACGACAAAAUAUAUUGCGGGUGACUAAAUUGGUUUAAAGUUAUUUAUUUUGAAGAGAUUAUUACUUGUACGCGUCUAAAAAACACCUAUAAGUAUAGAUGCAUUUAGUGGAAAUCUCUUCAAAGCAAACAGAAUAUAGGUAUGUUACUUUUUUAAAGGUUUUUUAAUACCCUGUAUUAGAUAGACAUUAUAUAGAUAUACAGUAUAUAUAUCUUGUAUAGGAUCAAAUUACCGAAGUAUUUAUCAUAUACAUUUUUGUUCUUUGAGAUUAACAUCAUUCAAAAGAUAAGACAAACUGUGAUUAAUAUUUUAUAUUUAUGUGCUUUAACGAUAAUUAAAUUAUUGAGUAGUCUAUCGAGUUCAUACGUAUAUUAUAUAGUAUGGGUGCAUGUUAUGUUGCAUUUGUCUUAGCAUAGUAAGUAUAUUUUUAAGAGCAGUAACUUAAAUAGUAUAAUAAGUUAUGUAGAAAUUACAAUAUUUAAGCAUUCGAUAAUAUUGUCUAUUCGUACCUGUUAUCAUAUAUUUUAUAAAAAAUAACAAUAA